AUGUUUAAAGUUUCUAGUCAGCAAACAUAUAAUAAUGAUAUACUACCGGAGUUUGCAAGAAGCAAUAGAUAUCAGGAAAAACCGACAAAAGAGUACCUCACCGAAGAUUAUGAAAGAUUUGCGAAAAAUAUUGGGCGAUGCGUAAUUCAAACAUUCGCGGCCGAGUUUCUAAUCGACAAAGUGAGUACUGAACAAUUGCAAAAACGAAUCGAGUCAUAUAAAGAUACAUCGAUAGUUGGGACAAUUGGGAAACAAAUAGGUUUGAAUAAACUGCUGCGUUGGGUCCCUGUUAAUCUUGAAGAAAUAAAGAAAGCUGAAUUAAGUGGAUCUUAUGUCAAACCCAUUGGCCAAAAGCAUGUAACUGGACGGGCAAUGUUAGCACUUGUUGGUGCUAUUUACCAUGACCAGGGCGCAUUUGCUGCAAAAAAGUUUUUCCAUCGACAUAUUAUUCCAAGACACCCGACUGAUCACAUAUUUGCUGAUAAGCCUAUAUUGCAAUUUGAUAAUUCAAUAUUAUUAAAAACCGACUUAUGA